UUUAAAAGGGAUUGAAUGUAUAAUGUCUCUUUCUUUUGCUCUUUCAGAUUCUUCUUGAAAUUCUUCCUCAAGUGCAAUCAGAACUGCUUGAAGAAUGCAGGAAACCCACGAGACAUGCGCAGAUUCCAGGUUGUUGUAUCAACAACGGUCAACGUGGACGGUCACGUCCUGGCGGUCUCAGACAACAUGUUUGUCCAUAACAACUCCAAGCACGGCAGAAGGGCUCGACGUCUAGACCCUUCUGAAGCAGCUACCCCCUGCAUCAAAGCCAUCAGCCCCAGUGAAGGAUGGACCACGGGAGGAGCCACGGUCAUUAUCAUUGGAGAUAACUUCUUUGACGGUCUCCAAGUCGUGUUCGGGACCAUGCUUGUGUGGAGUGAGCUGAUUACACCCCACGCCAUCAGAGUGCAGACCCCACCCAGGCACAUCCCAGGAGUCGUGGAAGUCACCCUCUCCUACAAGUCCAAGCAGUUCUGCAAAGGAGCUCCUGGACGAUUUGUCUACACUGCUUUGAACGAGCCAACCAUCGACUACGGCUUCCAAAGGCUACAGAAGGUCAUUCCCAGACAUCCAGGAGAUCCAGAGAGGUUACCGAAGGAGGUGUUGCUGAAGAGAGCAGCUGACCUUGUGGAGGCUCUGUAUGGGAUGCCCCACAACAACCAGGAGAUCAUCCUGAAGCGAGCGGCCGACAUCGCCGAGGCCCUGUACAGCGUCCCGCGUAACCACAACCAGAUCCCCUCACUGGGAAACACGGCGUCGCACGGCGGCAUGAUGGGGGUGAACUCGUUCGGCAGCCAGCUCGCCGUCAACGUCUCAGAAACAUCACAGGGUAAUGACCAGGGAUACAGCCGUCAAACCAGCAGUGUGUCCCCUCGAGGCUACGUCCCCAGCAGCACACCACAACAGGCCAACUACAACACCGUUAGCAACAGCAUGAACGGCUACGGCAACCCCAUGUCCAAUCUGGGAGUACCCAGUUCACCAGGCUUCCUCAACGGCUCCUCUGCCAACUCCCCCUACGGCAGUAAGUAUCAAGUAGUGCCGUCGAGCCCCACCAUGGCAGCCUCUUCGGUCAGCCUCUCUACAAACUGUAGCAGUACACACGGCAUUUUCUCAUUCUCACCUGCCAAUGUCAUCUCUGCAGUGAAACAAAAGAGCGCCUUUGCCCCUGUUGUAAGGCCCCAAGCUUCUCCACCACCUUCUUGCACCAGUGCAAAUGGCAAUGGACUUCAAGGGAUGUCUGGCCUCGUUGUCCCACCCAUGUAAAACGAACACUCUUCUCCCCCCCCCCUGAGCACCAGUCGUCACAAAAGGGGCUGCAGGGGGACUUGUUUAGUACCUUUUAGAAGAUUCUGGUUGAAUCUGUGUCAUCAAUCAUGAAUAAAAUCAACAACAUAUUCUGUUUAUUCAGAGGAGAGAAAAAAAAAGACUUUUGUUUCAAAAGAUUUUAUUCAAACAAUUAUGAAUUGUGACAUGCAAGCCACUCUGUCAUUUAACAAUUUAAUUUUAUUGACUGAUUUCUUGUCAUAUUUUACCAUUUCUCAGUCUUGAUGAAUGGAAGGAAGAAAAAUUGCUAUUUUGUAUAAAAGUGUCUGGUUUGAUCUUGGCUUUGUCUAGUUGUUGCUAUGUGUUGGGAGCAUCUUUGAGGAUGAUCAAUUUGAUGAACAACACUGAUGACAAUACCUCAGAACAUGUUUCUCUUUACACGAUGCACAACAGUUGAGCGUCUCUAUAAAUGUGAAUUCCUUAUUUCUUUCUCUUUUUAAUUUGUGGUAAAGAGAAAAGGGGGGCCAAGACAGUGUGAACACAUUUACAACUGGAAAUAAUAUGAAAUAUAUGAUUUAAAAAUAAAAGUAAACAUAAAAAAAAAAAACAUUAACAUGAAGAGGUAAAUACAAAAAUAAUCUGAUUGGCUGACAGAGGAGA